UAGUGGGAAAAGACAAGAGAGGCUUUGGCUGGCUUUGGAUCCAGAAAACAGCUGCUGAUUAGAGUCUGCGUCUUCGGGCUGAAUUUAUUACAUAUUUUUCAGCAGCAGGGAUUCUAGGAGGAAGCUUCCGUUUGGGUUUCUUGCUCGUGGUUUAUUUUUAUUCAGAGGAAUAACAGAGGAAGGAUUUGUUCCGGCUGGAGCAUGCUCACAACCUGCAAGACCUCCCAUUAUUAAACUGCCUACUUUGGGCUUUAAUAUACAUGGAGUGUUUUUGUUAUUAUUUUUUUAUUUUUAUUAUCAUUCUUAUUGUUUUGGCAGGGGGCAUCUCUCUGUUUUUUUUCUUUUAUUAUCUUUUUUAAAUAAUUUAUUUUGAAAGGAAGCUGAUCUCGUAAUGAGCUUUCUCCUUCCUCACUUGAAACAGGUGCUAAUGAAAGAAUGCAAAUAGCACCGGCUGAGCCGAACAUUUCAUAAAGAAGGGAACAGCCACCGACCCCAAAGGCUCCGGGAUCUGCCCGCCGGCCCCCACCAAAGACCUCAAACACCUCCUGGAUGUUUUCCAGUCUCUGCCCUGGAGACCCCCCAGCCCCAAGGCCAGAGCACGGGGGGGCAGAGGAUGAAGCUCCCUCUCCCAGGUCACUGGAUGAACACCUGAGUCUCCUCCGAGUGCCAGAGGAUGAACCUGUAGCAGCUUCUCCACAGCGCGGCAGAAGAUCCCCCUGGAGCCGCGGGGUCCAGCCUGGCGCCGGCACAGCCAUGGGAGAGCCGCGGCUGCCGCGCGGGGGGCGAGUGCAGAUCAUUUCUACAAUUUACCAAGACCAUUUUGAAUCCUAAUCCUGGCCUCUGAAGUACUUGCAGCCUGUCCCAGCCUGGUAUCAGCAGCAAUUUCAACUGAACUAAACCGUGGGCAAAUAAAAGAGAGAGACCCUCAAAAUUCCAGACUCCCAAGUCCACUAAAUGUGGGAAAUACUUUUCCAAGGCUUUUGAGCUCAGAAGUGGAACAGAAGGAAGACACAGGGGGACAUACACCGUUCAGUGUUAUUUUCCUUGCACAGGAAAAAAAAAAAAGAAAAAGAAAAAGAAAAGAAAAAGAUCCUUAUGAGAUGAGCACUGAAGUCUCAAGUUUUCAAAGGUUUGCAUAACAAACAAGAGACACAUUGUGGGUUGCAUCUUGACUUUGAAGGCUUGCCACUGUCAACUGAAAUAAAAUGGCAAGGUUUAAAGCCUUAACCAAGUUCACAAGGAAAAUAUUUGGACUAAAAGUUUUGGAAAGUUUUCUCUCUUUGAAGUAGUUUGUCAUGUGUUACCAAUGUGAACUUUAUUGACCUUGAAACAUUUUUUUUUUUAAUCAAAUAGCAACUAGUGACACUUUAGUAAAAUCUUAAAUCAACAACCAUCUCCUGGCGGCUCCAGCUCCGUAGCAAAUGCAGGCAAAACAGGGAAUCUACAGAGGAGACCUUUAUUAUUCGUAAAUGAAGCCUGCCAAACCCUUCCCAAAAUAGCAUUCAGAGACCCUUUUAAGGUCAUGGAUCCUGAACAAAGCCAGAAGAGCACAAAAAAGGCUGAGGAAAGUCCAAGAAAGAGGCUUCCCAAAGGAGAGGCUUUCCAAGCCAGUAUUUCAUCCACAACUACGUACCAGGGCAGCUCUGCUCCUUCCCAAGGAACCCCUCUCCGAGAUAUCAUACCGCAGCAGCACUUUUCUGGCCCUCUGCCCCUUCCAAGAGAGGAGUCUCAGGAGAAGACUGGACAUCAGAAGCAACCCAAGCCUUCCUCUUUCGAACACCCCCCCCACAUCUCGCAGCUUCAUCAGCACGCACUGUCACCAGCAUUUAUGUCUCCGGGGAAGCCAGAGCAUGUCCUCGAGGGUCCCACGUGGCAGCUAGUUGAUCCAGUGAGACCAGGGCCCUCUGGCUCCUUUCCAUCACCCGGGCUUCACUCUCACCACGGCCAGCUCCUGCCUUCCCACUCGCAGAUCAUUCCUGCAGAGGACAUGCCGUCCGUUCAGAAGGUCUACAUCCCUCGCCCUUCCCAGGUUUCCUUAAAACAGGCCGAGGAGGUGCACAAGAAGGAAAAGAAACCCCAAAAGCCAGGCAAGUACAUCUGCCAGUACUGCAGCAGGCCCUGUGCGAAGCCCAGCGUGCUCCAGAAGCACAUCAGGUCGCACACGGGCGAGAGGCCGUACCCUUGCAUUCCAUGUGGCUUUUCCUUCAAGACGAAGAGCAAUUUGUACAAACACCGGAAAUCUCACGCUCAUCGCAUAAAAGCUGGGCUGGCCUCAGGGAUCGGAGCGGAGAUGUAUCCAUCGAGCCUGGAAAUGGAGAGGAUCGGCGGGGAGGACUUCGAGGAGCCGACGGAAGGGGAAAGCACGGACUCGGAGGAGGAGACGGGCGCGAUGUCGGGGCACUCGGUGGAGCUCUCCCCCAGGCAGAAGCACAGCCUGCUGUCCAGCGGCUUGCUGAGCACGGGGAGCCAAGGCUCCAGCCACGACCGGUGCUCCCUGUCCCAUUCCAGCAUGUCCCAGUCCCUGGAGGACAGCAGCCAGUUCGUGGAGCCCUCGUCGGACCACGCCCUGAGCCAUAAAUCCGAGGACACCCACACCAUCAAGCAGAAACUCGCGCUGCGCCUGAGCGAGAGGAAGAAGGUGAUAGAUGAGCAGGCCUUCCUGAGCCCCGGCAGCAAAGGCAGCACCGAGUCCGGGUACUUCUCCAGGUCAGAGAGCGCAGAGCAGCAGAUCAGCCCCCCAAACACCAACGCCAAGUCUUAUGCAGAGAUUAUUUUUGGGAAGUGUGGGAGAAUCGGGCAGAGGACGGCGGCGUUGGCUGCCAACACCACCCAGGGGUUUCCACACCUGUCCACGGAUGAGAAGCCCAGCAUGGUCCCGUUGUCUGUGCCUAGAACACAGGUGAUUGAACACAUCACUAAGCUAAUUACAAUUAACGAAGCUGUUGUAGAUACCAGUGAAAUAGAUAGCGUUAAGCCUAGAAGAAGCUCUUUAUCUAGACGUAGCAGCAUUGAAUCUCCAAAGUCUGGUGUAUAUAGAGAACCGUUCCAGUUCGAUAUCAAGUCUGGUUCCAGUAGCCAGUUGGAUGCUUCCAAAGUGUUGGCGUCCCACGGUGAAAAAAUUAAGCCCGAACAAUCAUUGUUGUCACUUCAGCAAUCCCACAGUGCCACAGAGACAGUGCCUCUCCUAAGAAGCCACUCAAUGCCUUCUGCUGCAUGCACUAUAAGCUCCCCACACACCUUUAGAGGUAGCUACUCAUUUGAUGAUCACAUCAUGGAGCCUGAAGUCUUAAGCCGCAGUCAAGCGUUUUCUUCUCACCCUCGAACGCUGAAACGACAGCCAGCUAUUGAGCUGCCCUUGGGAGUGGAAUACGUCUCAGAGGAGGUCGGCUCUGCCAACAAAGAAACUGUUUCCAAACCUCCCGAGGAGCCUGAAACCAAGGAAAGCGAUCUUACCAAAAAGUCACGGAAGGGCCCCAAGGUGAAAGGGUUCAUGUACGAGUGCAACGUGUGUGGUGCUCGGUACAAGAAAAGGGACAAUUAUGAAGCCCAUAAGAAGUACUACUGCUCAGAGCUGCAGCUCUCCAAGCCUCGCUCUUCCACUUCCCAUCCCUCCACAGAGACUGAGAAAGGCUCUGCAGAUCCUGACACGUGGCCCCAGAUGAUGCAUUACAAGCUGGGGAGCACUUUGGAGCUCACCCCGCUCCGCAAAAGGCGGAAGGAGAAGAGCCUUGGUGACGACGAGGAGCCUCCAGCGUUUGAGGUGUCUGACACCCCCUCCUCCAGCGCUGGGCCGGGGGCUCAGUUUGCAAACCCGGCGUCAUCGGAUGUCGCUCUGAACCUGACCCGUGAAUCCAAGAAGUCACCAGCAGAUCCGGGUAAAUCCGCCCCUUCUGACGUCAGUGCCACCUUCCAUCCCAGGAACACCAAACCGGGCUCGAGUGGGGAGGGCAAGGAGAGGAGAACAACCUCCAAGGAGAUCUCUGUCAUCCAGCACACGAGCUCCUUUGAGAAGUCUGACUCCAUCGAGCAGGCGAGCAGCUUGGAAGAAGACAAGCCCUUGUCCCAGUUCCCGUCUCAGCCGACCCCCCAGCACAGCCGACCACCCCACUCCCUGCAGCCUCGGCUCGUCCGGCAGCACAACAUCCAGGUUCCGGAGAUUCUGGUCACAGAAGAGCCUGACAGGCCAGAAACGGAGCCAGAACCUCCUCCAAAAGAGCCAGAGAAAACAGAGGAAUUCCAGUGGCCGCAGAGGAGCCAGACCCUCUCCCAGCUCCCUGCGGAGAAACUCCCACCCAAAAAGAAGCGGCUCCGGCUGGCGGAGAUGGCUCAGUCCUCCGGGGAGUCCAGCUUUGAGUCCGUGUCUCUCACCCGCAGCCCGAGCCAGGAGAGCAGCGUCUCCCACGGCUCCAGCCACUCCGUCUCCUUCGACCGUGAUGAUCACGGCAAGCCAGAGCCCACCAGCCAGCCCUCUGAGUCCCACCCAAAGCCUCCUGGCGUUGGCUCACACAUGCUGAUGGUCCCAAGCCACCAUCACCACUCCAGGGAAAUGCGGAGAUCCGCCUCUGAGCAGACACCCAACGUGUCCCACCCUUCCCAGAUGUCGGAGACACGCAGCAAAUCGUUCGACUACGGGAGCUUGUCGUCCACUCCUGCCUCAACCCCCGGCCCCUCGAGCUCCUCGGCCUCCCAGGAGAGGAGGAAAUGCUUCCUGGUCCGGCAGGCGUCCCUCACCAGGCACCCAGAGCACGACCCAGACCCGGCUCCCACGGGCUGGACAGAGACAGAAGAUCCAGCUCCUUCCUCAAGUAAAUCUCCUUCCAGCAGUUUGCCCCACCAGCCAAGCUCUUCACCCCCUCUGCCCUCUCACGGGACUUACCCUAGUGAGAAGAGCCAGCCAAAGGACAGCCCUGAGCCCACCUACACCCCGCCCUACACGGAAGCCCUGCAGGUGUUCCACCACCCCGUCCCGCAGCUGACGCUGCACGAAAAGCAGUUCCUGGCCCCACAGGUCUCCAUAUUCCCCUACCAGCACCUCCUGCCGCAGCCAGGGCAGUCUGCAGAGCUCUUCGCUGCACACACCAUGUCUGACAUCCUCUCUGCCCAGUUCUCCAUGCCCCAGAUCCCUCCCUCCAUAUUCCAGACCCCGCCACUGCCUCUCCCGCAGACGCUCAUCCACCCGGGCCCGCUGCACAUCGCUCCGCCACUGAUGUCUCACCCCGCCGAGGUGUCCUUCAGGCACCCCUCAUUCCUGCCUGUGCACUACCCUGGCUCCUCUCCCAUCCCCUCAGCCUUUUUUCUGCCUCUCCAGUCUCAGUUCGCUCUCCACUUGCCGGGUGAAGCUGGUGGGCAUUUACCGCAGCUCAAAUCCAGUUUAUUCCCGGCAGCAGGAGCCUCCAGCCUCUCCCCGUGCACGGAGUACGACUCUGACAGCAGGCUGCACCCCCUGACCUGCACCACGAGCCCUUCGGUGUCGGUGACCGUGACCCAGCUGGUCGUCCCCACGCGCUCGGAGCCGAUGGUGUCGCUGGUUGUCCCCGUGCGCAUCCAGACGAACAUGCCGUCCUACGGCAGCGCCAUGUACACCACCCUGUCCCAGAUCCUGGUCACCCAGUCCCAGUGCAGCUCCUCCACCAUCGUCCUCCCCAAAUUCAACGACCGCCCGCCCAAGGGUGCCCUGGUGUGCAGCGCCGACGUCCACGGGCUGGGCUUCGACCUGGCGCAGAUGAUCACCGAGGAGCAGAGGAGCAUUUUCCAGAGCCCCUAUCUGAGGGUGCCCCUGCCCUUGCCCGAACGCAAAGGGUACAUGCCCCUCACCUGCCCCUCCGACAGCGUCCUCGGCCUGGAAGGGGGCCCGGCUACGGUCGGGGGAAGCAAAAGGAUGCUCUCCCCAGCUGGCAGCUUGGAGCUGACGAUGGAGACGCAGCAGCAGAAGAGGGUGAAAGAGGAGGAAGUGUCUGAAGCAGAAGAGAAGCUGGAAGUGGUGAAGCCCCCCAGUGCAAUAGAGGAAGGGAAAAAGCAGGAGAAAUCUCACUUUCUUGCGGAAAGCCAGGACAGGGUCGAGGUUGAAGCGCCACCCAGUUUGUCCACAGAGCAGUCAGAGCCAAAGGAAACCCCGAGCAGUUCGCAGCAGGCUGUGUCCCAUUCAGGUUCUCCAAGCUUUGAGGCACUGGAAGAGUAUGAGCAGCCAGCUGGCCAACAGUUCCUCAGCAAGGCACCUUUGCAACCCGUGAAGAAAGAAGACUCCAAAGAACAGGUGGAGCAGUCUCCACCAAACCCCCCAAGCACUGCCCCUCCGUCCGAGGGCACCCAGAGUGCAAUGAAGUCUCGAGAAGGUACAGACACGAAGAAGGUACUUCAGUUCCCCAGUCUCCACACAACCACUAAUGUCAGUUGGUGCUACUUAAACUACAUAAAGCCAAAUCACAUCCAGCAAGUGGAUCGUCGCUCCUCGGUUUAUGCCAGCUGGUGCAUCAGCCUCUACAACCCCAACCUGCCGGGGAUAUCCACCAAGGCAGCCCUGUCCCUCCUGAGGUCCAAGCAGAAGGUGAGCAAGGAAACCUACACCAUGGCCACAGCUCCACGUCCAGAGGCAGGCAGGCUGGUCCCAUCCAGCUCCAGGAAGCCCAAAAUGACAGAGGUUCAUUUGCCUUCGCUCCUUUCUAAUGAAGGUCGAAAAGAUAUAACUAGAGCUGAGAAGGAAGAGGAGAAAAGAGGAAAAUCAGAAGAAGAGGCUCUUGUGACCAAACGAGGGGAGCCAGUCAGGAUCAAGAUCUUUGAAGGAGGGUACAAAUCAAACGAAGAGUAUGUGUAUGUGCGAGGCCGUGGAAGAGGGAAGUAUGUUUGUGAGGAGUGUGGAAUUCGCUGCAAGAAACCCAGCAUGCUGAAGAAACACAUUCGCACGCACACAGACGUCAGGCCGUACGUCUGCAAGUACUGUAACUUUGCUUUUAAAACCAAAGGGAAUCUGACUAAACACAUGAAGUCAAAGGCCCACAGCAAAAAAUGUCAGGAGAUGGGCGUGUUGGUAUCUUCACUGGUGGAUCUGGAAGCCGAAGAAGGAACCAGUGAAGACCUAUUCCAGGACUCUGAGGGGCGGGAGGGAUCCGAGCCAGUUGAGGAACACCAGUUUUCAGACCUCGAGGAAUCUGACGAUGAUGAUGACAAUGAGGAUGAGGAGGAUGAGGAGGAAGAGGAGAGCCAAGAUGAGCCCCCUCUGAAGCUGCCUGAAGGCACGCACACCACCCUCCUGCUGCACUCUUCAGGUGGCUCUCCAUCUUCUCAAGAGGAAGGCACUGAAACAGCAUCAUCCUUAGCCCAAGAGACCGUUUCCAGCACCCAAAAAGCAGGUGGAGGCCAGCAGGCCUCGUCCUCGGGGCUGGAAACCAAGUGGUCAGCAGACAGCAGUGACAUUGCUGUGUGCCACAGCUUCUUGAGUCUCCACAGACCAGCUUUGACCUCCACCGAACAACUGGCUCCUGCUGAAAGAGAGUCCGUCACCAGGCCACAGAUGUCCUUGGCCAUGGACCUGUCAACCUCAAAAGACACCUCCCCAAGGAGAAGGUGGUCUCCCAGCCAGGACUCUGGCAGGGGUGGUGGUGGCAGCAGGCCAGCGAUGGCCAGAAAGCACUUGUUAACCAAAAAUGAAACGUCGCCCAAGAGGUUCUCACCCACGGCAGAACUGUCCCCUCUGAGGUGCCUGUCCCCAGGGAGGGGGUUGUCUCCUUGCCAGCGGGUCUCUCCCAGGAGAGAGGCAUCUCCUCUCAGAUGUGUGUCACCGAGGCUGGAGCUGUCACCCAGCAGGCAUCUGUCCCCCAGGAGAGAGCUGUCCCCACGAACACACCUCCCCCCAGAAGGAGAGGUCUCCCCUGGGAGACACUCAUCACCCAGCAGAGACAUGUCAUCCGUCAGAUACUUAUCCCUGAAGAAAGUCUUGUCUCCAGGCUCCCUGGAGUCGCCCAGGUACCCAUUCCCAGGGAAAGAGGACUUGCCUGGCACGAGCAAAUCAGCAGCAGAUGACAAAGUUCCAAGCUCAUAUCAAGCCCAGCACGGGAUAUUAUCUUCGAUGCCUCUACCUCACAGGUUCUUUGGCAAAAACAUACAGCUCUACGAGUCCAAGCUGAAGAUCGAGCCCUGGAGCCCACCACGCUCCCCUGGCCCCACACAGCCCGUGUGCUCCCGGCCCCUGCAGGCACCGCACGACAUCCACGGCCCGGGCCGAGGGGAGGAGAACGUCUUCAGCCACCUCCCGCUGCACUCGCAGCAGCUCACCAGGACCCCCUACCCCAUGAUCCCCAUCGGGGGCAUCCAGAUGGUGCAGGCCAGGCCCAGCUCCCACCCCAGCCUGGUGCCCGGCUCCGUGGUGUCCCUGCAAGCCGGGUGCUUCGCCCCUGGAAGCGGAGACGUGACGGAGUUCGGCCGGGCUCCCAGGGGGGACGAGGAGCCACAAAUCCCAGCGGCGUCCGUGUCCCCGGCUGCAAAGCUUUCCAAGUACACGCUGUCCCCGGAGCCCAGUGGGGGUUAUUUGGAGGAGAAAAUGAGGACUAAUGAGCUUCAGCAGCAGACAGAGCAGGAGGAACACAGGGUAAAAGCGCUGGCUGAGCCCAGCCCGGAGGAGCAGGCGGGCCCGGCCAGCCCCAGCACGCCCCACGAGCACUGUCCAAAGCCUCCGACGAGUGGGGAGGAAGAACCCCUAAAACAAACGGGCAAGAAGCAAUCUGGCAGCUCGAGCACUUCUGUUGAGUCACCCUGCACUUUCAUCUCAGAUGCCCCACCGUGUGACGACGACUGCCCCCCGGAGCCCCCGCCCAGCCACCCCCUGUCCCUGCGCACCGGGAGCCUCUCCGGGCAGCCCGGGCGCCCAGGGGGCACCUCCAGAGAGAGCAGCCCACACCCAGAGCACGCAGAUUUAGGUCAGACUCAAAAAAAGGUGGAUGAAAACGCGGGAAGUACUUAAAAACCUCCAUCUGUUCCGCCUUUAGGCUUCCUCUGUAAAAUCAGCAGACAUUUUCAACACUAUUUCCUUUAGUAUAAUCACCCAUAAGGAGCACUCUAGUGAAUGACCAAACCCAUGGAAAAGUCCUGGUUUUCUUUGUCCCAGUCUGGUAUUAUAUCUCCACAUGUAUGCAGUUACUUGUGCCUUUUUCUAUACCUUUUGUUGCUUGAAAUGUACAAAACUGUUUGAGGCUGUGAAUAUUUUUUUAGAGGUUUUUUGGAAAGGGGGUUUGUUAGACCUUUGUCUUUUUUUUUUUUUUUUUUUUUUUUUGCCAUUUAGGUGUGCGUAAUUCCGGGCCUGAGAGAUGCAGAAAGGAAAGGGUUAAGCAUUUUAAGAGGAAGAAGAUGCACUGAAAACAAACAAACAAACAAAAACCCAGAAAAAACUUUUUUUUAUAUCGAUUAAAUGAUUAAAAAAAAAAAAAGGAAGAAAAAAAGACCCCAAACCCUUGCUCCUGUGUACAGAAGUUUAUGAUUCGUAUUUAUUACAUGCUUUAUUUAAUUCUUGCAAAGUGCUUGGUUGUUUUUUUUUCUCGCAUCCCUCUGGUUGCCUAUGGUUGUGCUUUAAACAGUUGAAACUGCUUUACAUUUGAAAAAAAACAAAACAAAACAAAACAAAAACGUGUUUACCCUGAACUUGUAAGUGAAAGUAGCACUUCCUCGAGCAGGGGAGGGGCGUUCGAAGGGAGAGAGAAACGAUCACUCGAAAGAGCGAACCCGGACGGCGAGCAUCCCUCCCUCCUGCAGGACCCAGCAAAGCACUUUUCUUUAAAAAAAAAAAAAAAAAAAAAAAAAAGGACAGAAAAAACAAGGUUCUUCUUCAAAGAUUGAACUGCGAGAACAUAGGAAUGUAUGGAAUGCAGACCCAGGGCCAGGAUCGGUGUCUCUCGCUGGACGAGCCGGCCCCUGCUCGCUUUAAAUCCUUCCAUCCCGCCCGGCAAAGCUGUGCCUGAGACCCCUCCUGGCUGGGCUGCAGAAGCCCUUCUGUAAACACCCCCCUCGCCUUCAGAGUGGAAGAAAACUCAGCCUUGCGACCAUCAUUUGUUCCUCUGUCAUUUCUUGGUCUCAGAUAAAGCCCCUCCAUCCCAUCCCAUCCCCUCCCAUCCCACCCCACCCCAUCCCAAGGCCGGUCCUGGCUGGUUUGGCUCCGUGGAGCUCUGGGGAUGCAGGAGCGGUUUGGGCUCUGCUCCUUUGCACGUGCCGGGUCUGGAACUCACCAGUGAACUCUGUGUCUUAUUUUACCCUUUAUUUAUUUACUGAAGCAGAACGGCCCCACCCCGCCGAUGGGCCCGUUUUGAGGUGAUUUGGAAGAUGAAUCGUGGUGAUGCUGAAUGGUUAACGCUUGCAACCAGCUUGUUCUGCAUGCACAGCAGCUUCUGCCAGAGCAGAUUUUUAAGGAUGCCCAUCCCUAGCAGAGCAAAGGCCUCUACUGCCAAUAGAUACCAAAUCCAGAGCCACCCCACGGAGCCGUUCCCCUCUGGCACAUUAAUUCUCUUUUUAAAACACAAAUAUCCAAGAGUUUGCCCCAGCAAACAGCGGGUUCUUUACUACUUCAGAGGGUUUUCUGGUCUAUGGAAUCUGUACAAACCUCUUUUUUUUUUAUUUUAUUUUAACAUACAAAAAAAGAAGAAAAAAAAAUAUAAAUAUUUAACCAAUGGAUCAGUUCUUUCUUCUUUCAGAGCUGUUCCAGUUUAUUGGGUACGUAAUACACUUUUUAAAAAAAACAAAUAAAAAGUUAAAAAAAAAAAAUUAAAAUAAUCAAAUAAGACCCUGAAUGAGAACAUGUUUCCUUGCCAGACUUGAUGAGCUAUGAACUGUUCCCGUCGCACGGGCAAAGAAUAGAAAUUUUUUAAUAAUCUUCUGUGAUUUUUUUCUCUUUUUUUUUCUUUUUUUUUUCCCUCAUCUUGUAAAGGGAAUUAAGUACAAAAGGAGAUAUCAUGGAAAUAACAUUAAGGUUGUGACACUGACCAAAACAACAUCCAGAGCCCGUUUAUAACCCUAAUUAGCACUUUUAUCAAGUUUCCUUUUUCCCAUUUCCCCUUUCUUGGCCCUGAGCCUGGAAGCUGGUCCUGCUUUCGGCUCUUUCUCGGAUCCCAUGGCAGGAGCAGGGGCUGCAGCUCCGUUCAGCUCCGUUCAGUGCAGCUCUUAAGCACCAGCUUAAACCCUGCUCAGGCUUUAAGUGUGUGCUUAAUAUCAGUCAGGAGGGCUGGGAGGGGAGCGCUCAGCCAGGGUUGGUGUGAAAUCCCUGGAAACCAUCCACCAAAUUUAAUUGCUCUCCUGACUUCUGCCACUUUUUUUGCCCCUCUGUCACGCUCUGAAAAUUAUUACAAGGUAGCUUUUUUGUAUUUAAUUAUAUAUAUAUAUAUGUAUAUCUCUCACAUAUAUAUAUAUAUAUAUAUAUAUAAGAAUUGUACAUAAAGGAAAAUACUGCAGCAGUUGUGCACUCAGCAUCCCGGGUUUUUUUGGUGCAUUUGCCACGAGCUUUGGGCUAGAUCAAAUUUGCUCAGCUUCUUUCUGUAACUGCAUUUGAAUCCUUGACCUGUUGAUAUUUUGCGUGGAUUUUUUUCCCCCUCCGUCAUUUAUGGACAGAGUCGGGAGGGGGGAAAAAAAAAGCCCAAGAAAACACAGAAGUCAUUAUAUUGGUUUAUUGAUUUUUUUUUUCUUUGUGGUGGGUUUUUAUUAUUGUCAUUAUUAUUAUUAUUAUUAUUGAAGCUUCUCCAGCAGCUCAGGAUGAGUUGGAGCUUUCUGCCUCUGGGCUGCAGAGCAGCCAGGCUCGUCACCCAGGGCCGAUAAAAGCAGGGAGAGGAGUUCUGGGGAAGGGCUGUGGAGCUGUGAGGGUCAUGCCCUGCUCGGAUCCCACACCCAGCACGGAGAGGGCACGUGGAGGGGCCGCUGCAAACUCAGGAGAUGGGCACAAAACCCCCAGGGCUGAGUCUCGACCCAGUUUGGCUUCUCAACGGAGAAGGGGGAAGCUCUGGCUGGGCUGAAAUGGUGCUUCACGCUGUCCCCCGCCCCUCCCCGGGCAAUACGGCCUAUUGGAUAGGCAGCAAAAAGGCUCACGAAACAACCCCCCCCUAAUUGCAAUUUAAGGGCUAAAUGGUCACACUGCCAGCUCAGAGCUCCGGGGAAGGGCGUGCCCUCCCCGCCGGCACCAGCAUCUCUGUCUGCGGGCAGGGUUAGUGUGACCCUGUGCAAACGCGUCUCUCCCCCGGCCUCCUACUCAGCCAAGGAGCACAGGAACGUCGCGGAUUUUGGGAGGUUUUCGGGUGUCAUUCCCAGCAGGGCUCAAGCCCCAGCCAUCACCCCCACCUGGAUCCCGCUUUGGCUGCCCUGUGUCACACCUGGUGGUCACAGCUUUUAGUAUCGCUCUGAAUGUCUGCUCUGUCUGCAAAACAGGGAUGGUGAGCCCUGUUUUGCUUCCCACAAGGGCUGCGAGGGUGGGUUAGGUUAGUACAGAUGCUUUGCAGAGCAAUUAGCAGUGUUAUUUGCAAGAGAAUGUAUUAAUAAUGCAAAUAAGGCAAAUGAAAAACCAGAGGCCCAGCCUCUCCCUUUCAUCAGCAGGUGGAAAUCAAAUCCCCUGCUUUUCUCGUGGCAGAGGUUCUUAAAUUUAUAAUCCAUGAAGGCACGUGGCCUCCAGGGCCUGGCUGCUCCUCUUUGUUGUGGGCAAUCAGCCCAAACCCUGCUUUUUUUUUAUAUUUCCUUCCCUGAUAGGCUGUUUGUGCAGCUCCACGAAUGCAGGUAUUCCAUGGCAAACAGAUGCUGUGGCAUCCAAGGAACCAUCCUGCACACAGGACUUGGCCCCUGCUCUGGAACAAUUCCUUGACACAGUCCAUCUGAAAUACCAGGACUCACAGCCAGAGCUCAUAAAGCACUUGCACCUUGGCUUAAGCUGAAGUAUUUCUGGAGUUUUAGGAACUUCUUUGUGCUUAAGCGUGAAUUGAGCUCCUUUUAUCAAGGUUUUAUCAAGGUCACAGAGCUCGGGGUCUUGCAGGGCUGAGCAGACCAGGGGAUGAAGACAGGGGGCUGUUGGCUCCCCAAAACGCCCCCGUGCCUUGGAGCAGAUCCCUGCCAGCUCCAGUUAUUCCCAGGUUGUUGCCUGGAUACCCAGGAACCACAGCAGGAAAAAUCCUGACGAGGUAGCUGUGACUUCAUAAUUUAUGAGUGAGAAAUGUAGUUUGUCACCUGCUCCCCAGGGGUGACAAUCCAGGUGUCCCUAAAGCGACACCGCUUGGCCAGUGCUUCAAGCUGGUCCCAAACCCUGCUCCAAACCCUGCUCCAAAUCCCACUCCAAGCUGCCCUGGGCUGGAUGGGGCAGGAGAUGCCACUGAGAUUCCCAGCUAGAGCAGCACAUCCCGGUGUCCUUCCCACCAGAGCCCUGCCAGGCACAACCCCCACCACCCCCACCUCGCUCUGCUCUCCCCUCCACCCACAAAUCUGCAGCACAGUUGGUUUUCCCUCAAACCAACUUCCACUUUACCUGGUUUUUUCUUCAAAAUCCACAGAAACAGCACCAGAACAAGCAAUACACUCCUGGAAAAUCAUUAAAACGAGUCCAAAUUUCAUGCCAAACCCUGAUGGUUUGAUCUAGCCCUUCCCUGCUGUCCUUGCAGUAGCUUUUCCUUUUGCUGACUUUGUUUCAUCAUGUCCUUUUUUUUUUUUUAAUUCUCUUUUAUUAUUUCCAUCUAUUGCACAGUAUUUACAAAAAGAAAAAAUAUUGUAAAUUAUUUACAAAAAAAAAAAAGGAAAAAAAGAAAAAAAAAAUCAGUCCUAAUGGCAUAAAACCAAUUUGUUUUCAUUACUGAGAUAUGAUGGCACUUACGAUCACUUUAGUAAAUGUAAUGUAAAAUAAUAAUAAUAAUAAUAAUAAUGUGUACGCAAAUUUAAUAUACAUGGUCUCAUGUAAGAUAAAUAUUUGCCUUUUUUUCUAAAAGGUGUAUGUAUUCUGUAAGUGGAAUAGUCUGUAGAAAGUUUCUAUAUGUUCUUAAAAUGGCAAUACAUUCCAAAAAAUGGUACUGUAAAUAUGUACAGCGUACGAUGUAAUUUGGUAGUUUUGCCUGUAAUUUUAUUUUAACUCCAGUUUCUACACUUGCAUCUUGCAAUGUCUGUAUGGUUAUAUCAGUGCAAAAAAAAAAAAAAAAAAAAAAAAAAAAGAAAAAAAGCAGGUAAAAGCACAGUCUGAUGUACAAACAAACAAACAAAAAGAACAAAAAACUCACAAAAAACAACAAAACAAAAAAAAAGAAAAAGAAAACUACUCAGUAUUUGAUGUUUGUGACCCUUAUUGUAAAUGACAUCUGUACUGUGAAUGAGAAGUUUUUACAAGUAUAAUAUUGCCUUUACUACAGCUCAGAUUGUCUGCUCAGUCUGGGCGUAUUUUUAAAAAAAUAGCAUGUUGGAAUAAAUUUUAAAGUCCCAACAUAA